GGAAAACAAUCAAACUGACUGUGUUGAACAGUCGGGAGGACACAACGGAGACGCGUCCGGAGAUUACACACAUACACAGCUUUACUUGUGAGAUGUGUGUCUCAAUCGGCAGCGGAUACAUUAAUAACCCUACAAAGACAGUAGAUUUACAUCUGGAAUAUACCUCAUUUGGGAGGCUGAUUUACGGUUUCCUGCGGACAACCCGAAAAAUGUCUCAUUCUUGAAUACUUGAGUGACGACAACUUUCCUCUUUCCGGACUUCACCAUACUAUAAUCGCCGAAGAUAAAGCGUGGAGCCCCCCUCCCCCCCGCCCCAAAACGGAUUUAACAAUGCAAACAGAUCAAUUUCAUGAUCAGGAUUUGCAAUUUUAAGAACCAGGGAGUUUGGGGGUCUCUGCUGCGGGGACACCAAGCAAUGUUAUCUGCAGAGAUGCGUGGUUUGCUGAGGUUCAUGUCCAUGGAUGUUGCAGCUCGGUCGGGCUGCACACGGUGCCGUUGGCUGGCUGUGAUUGGACCGGACACAGACUGGGGCUGACUGAUGUUUGUCCGAGAGUGAAUGUUUUGGGGAGGAGAUCAAUAUGAGUUACUGGCGCACGCGAGGGGGGAGAUACCAGUCUUCACGAGUACAAGUAUUACAAUAAGGACGGAGGAAAACAUGCACGCAUAAGGAUUUUUCUCUCUCUUGGAUUUAAAUUAAAAAACAGACCAGAAAGAUCUUCUUAUCUUUAGACAUUUAUAUACAUUUAAAGUGAUGCGUUUUGUUGCCUUUGCAAACUGUUACAAGAUUGUUACAAGUGGAUAUGGAAAGUAUUUGUCUUUGCACUAAAGUUUUUUUUCUUCCCCUCUUUUUGACAAUCUUGCAUGGUACUUUGAUGUUGUAUCAUUGGACUUAUAUAAAAUUUUUGGACACCUGCGCAUCUAACAAAUAUAUUUCACCUGGACUUUUACUCUGAAAUAACUGCUGAAGUUAUGGGACAUUACAACAUAAUUUUUGAGGAAGAAAAAAAAUCAGUUGCCUAAUUUUGAAAUCCAGUAAAAUGUAUUCACAAAUGCCUGGCAACAUGGCAUUUAACUGGGUUGUAUAUUCUGUUUUUUUACUGCCACUGUUUGCAGUGGGGACAGCUUUCUCUGGAGUCUUCAACACCACAGACAGAGACAUUUUUACAGAUGAUUUGCUGCAGGUCAAGCUCACACAAGACAGAGCGACUGAGCAGUGGAAACUCCAGUCUACUGAUUCCCAUCCUAACCUAUAUUUUAACCAAGUGGAUGUGUUGCACUUGAGGCAAAUGUCCUCCACCACCCACAGUCACAUAUUUAAAGUCAUCCGGGCGGCUGCGCUCACCAUGUUGUCUAAUGUCCCCUUUUACAUGCCCCCUGUGAAACAUUUGGAGUUUACAAGCAAGUGGAAUGAGAUUUAUGGGAACAACCUGCCUCCCCUGGCUCUCUACUGCCUGUUGUGCCCAGAGGACUCUGCUGCCCUGCAGUUUCUUAUCAAGUUUAUGGAUAGGAUGGCUGAAUACCCAGACUGGAAGGUGACCAGUGCCCCUAAUGACGAGGUCCCCAUGGCGCACUCUCUCACUGGGUUUGCUACUGCUUAUGACUUUAUUUACUCCUACCUGGAUGAACGGCAGAGGGAUGUUUACCUCAAGAAAAUUCGCUCUGAGACAGAGGAGCUGUAUGAGCUCUCAAAGUACAGAGGGUGGGGGAAACAGUAUCUCCAAAAUCAUCAAACCACUAACAUAUUAGCCAUCCUGACUGGUGCAAUAGUUGUUGGAUCACAUGACGACCCAGAGUCAAUGACCUGGAAACAAGUGGCAGUGAACUACAUGGAGAAAACUAUGUUUCUCCUAAACCAUGUUGUUGACGGGUCUCUGGAUGAGGGGGUAGCGUAUGGAAGUUACACAGCCAAGUCCAUCACACAGUAUGUCUUCUUAGCUCAGCGCCAUUUCAACAUUGAUAACUUGCAGAACAACUGGCUGCGGGGACACUUCUGGUUUUAUUAUAACACUCUGUUGCCGGGGUUUCAGAGAACAGUUGGCAUCGCAGACUCCAACUACAACUGGUUUUAUGGGCCGGAGAGCCAGCUUGUUUUCCUCGACACAUUCGUCAUGAGGAACGGAACGGGUAACUGGCUGGCUCAACAAAUUAGAAAGCACCGACCCAAAGAUGGUCCCAUGGGACAGUCAUCAGCCCAGCGCUGGGCUACACUUCACACAGAAUACAUCUGGUACAACAGCCACCUCACGCCGCAGCCUCCCCACAGCUUUGGCCAAGCUAGGAUGCAUAUUUUCUCAAACUGGGGUGUGGUUACCUAUGGAGCAGGGCUACCCAACGGCCAGGGUAAUACUUUUGUCUCCUUUAAGUCUGGCAAGCUGGGUGGCCGUGCAGUCUAUGACAUUGUCCAUGACAAGCCUUACUCCUGGGUGGAGGGCUGGAACAGUUUUAACCCAGGUCACGAACACCCUGAUCAGAACUCUUUUACGUUUGCUCCUAAUGGACAGGUAUUUGUGUCUGAAGCACUUUAUGGUCCCAAGUAUAGCUAUCUUAACAAUGUUUUGGUGUUUAGUCCGUCUCCUACAAGCCAGUGUAACAGUCCAUGGGAGGGUCAGUUGGGGGAGUGUGCCAAGUGGCUGCGCUGGACUGAUGAGGGGGUGGGUGAUACCAGAGGGGAGGUGAUUGUCGCCUCCUCACACAGGGACACCAUGUUUGUGAGUGGGGAAGCAGUGUCGGCUUAUUCCCCCGCUAUGAGACUAAAGAGUGUGUUCAGAGCCUUGGUUCUGCUCAACUCACAGACUUUGCUGGUGCUCGACCACGUGGAGAAGUGGGGUGAUUCACCUGUAAAGUCCCUCAGUGCAUUUUUCCACAAUCUUGACAUUGAUUUUAAAUACGUUCCUUUCAGAUUCAUGGACAGAUAUAACGGCGCGAUGAUGGAUGUGUGGGAUGCUCAUUAUAAAAUGUUCUGGUUCGACAGCCAGGGUCAUAGCCCUGAUACCAGGAUACAGGAGGCAGAGCAGGCGGCUGAGUUUAAAAAAAGGUGGACUCAGUAUGUCAACGUCACUUUUCCAAUGACAGGCACAGUCAGCAGAGUAGCUUACGUGUUACACGGGCCAUAUGUCAGAGUGUCCAGCUGUAGAUUUAUGGAUAACAGCAAAAAUGGUGUGAGACUUUCUUUAACCAUAAAUAACACAGAGAAGAUAGUCUCAAUUGCUACAAACUAUAAAGACAUAGGAGCUAGGUUGACUUAUUUAGGAUUUGGAGGUCACUGUAAAGUUGAGGAUGGAUAUCAAAUCACUCGAUAUGGCCUUGGGACGCAACUCAUCCCCAAACAAAUCAGCAGUGAUAAUCAGCUGUUUGACUUUGGGUUCACAGUCAAUGUGAUAGCAGGGGUUGUUCUCUGUGUGGCCAUAGGAUUUUUCACCACGCAGAGAAAGUUUUAUGUCUGCUUCAGCAGGAUGAUGCGUUACGCCCUUCUCUCUGUGCUCAUUCUGUGGAUAGCAGAGCUGCUGUUUGUGUCUAACAGCUGCGAUCAGCUUCUCUGUGGGGUAAAAUGGAAAGGUGCGGGUGCCAAAAGCGAAGUAAACAAACAAAUCAGACUGUAUGAGCAGCACCAGCUCCCCUUGCCCACCGUCGUCAUAACAACCCUUCCCGGAUCAGGAUCAGAAAUACUCAAGCACCUUUUCUACAACAGCUCAGACUUUGUUUACAUAAGGGUUCCCACCGAGCACGUGGACAUUCCUGAGACUGAGUUUGAGUUUGACUCUCUGGUCGACGCCUGUGAGUGGUCAAGGUCAGAUGCUGUGCGUGGACGGUUUAAGAUUAUUCAGGGCUGGCUGCAUUCGCUGGUCCACAACACCAAGCUGCACUUGCAAAAUAUUCAGCUGGUAGAGGGCAGCAGGGUCAAACAGCCCCAGAGAGUUGGGCCCACUAGGGACAGAAAGAAAAGAUCCAGGAGGAGAGAGCCGGCCUCUGAGCUGAAGGGUAAACUGAGAGCCAGUCUGGACAAAGACGCAGAGUAUGUUAGGGAGAUGAGGCGCCAUGUUGCGGAGUACCCUAAUGCCCGGGUGGUCCUCAAUAUGCGGAGUGGAAGCUGGACGCUCAAACUGCCUUUUAUUCAGGAGGUUGUAGGACCUUCCCUGAGGACAAUAUACUUGGUGAGAGACCCUCGAGCGUGGAUUUAUCUCAUGGUUUAUAACAGCAAACCUAGCCUUUACUCCCUUAAAAACAUCCCGCAGCACCUUUCCUUGAUAUUCAAAGAGAAUGCUGUCAGGGAUGGGUGCCCAACUGUGGCGCCAGAGUUUAAGAUAAUCCAGAGGCUGCUGUCCCAUUCAGAGAAAAACCCCAUCCUGAUACUAGCUCAUCUGUGGCUGGCUCACACCGCAGCAGUGCUGAGGGUCAGCGAGGGCCUCCCUGAGGAGUCCUACCUCCAAGUGAGGUUUGAGGACGUGGUCAACUUCCCGCAGGAGACAGCAGAGGGCAUACACACAUUCCUGGGGGUGCCUGUCUCACCCGCAGCCCUAAAUCAACUUAUAUUCACCACCUCCACAAACCUGUACAAUCUAAUGUAUGAAGGAGACAUUUCACCAGCCAACAUUAACAUGUGGAGGCAAAAAAUGCCUCGACGGGACAUCAGACUAAUAGAGGACAUAUGUAGGAGUGUGAUGAAGAGGCUGGGUUACACCAGGUUCGCCAGUUAACUUACUGCUGCUGGUCAGCUGAUAUUGAGCUGUCUUGUUUACUGUAGCUGCCAGUCUCAUUGAGUUCUGUCGUGGUUUUUUUAUUUGCACUGACCUUCCUACAAGUUGAGGAAAAGCUGGGUAGCAUUUCUGCCUGUGUUCAAGUUUUUUUUCUGUUAGUUGUGUUUGGGUGUAUGUAAGGUGUUCUACAGACUACAGCAACAGAUGUUUGUGAGGGAGGAAUAUUUUACAUUAAAAUAGGAGGAAGGGAGCUUAUGAUGUUCUUUUCCCCCAGCUCAGUUUCUCAGAGAUUAUUUACUAUAUGUCUUAGUAAGAGAUGAAAAAUCAGAGUUUUUCCCAUCCCAAAUCUGUGAUGUCAGAGAGAUGUUUGUGCAAAAUCUAUAUCUGUUAUUACUGACAUUAUUUUUUUUUUUUGGGGGUUGGUAAUCAAGGUAUAUUUACUGGUUUGGAACAUAAACGUUAUGAAGCUCACAAAGAAGUAAGAUUUGUAUUUAUUGACAGUCUUCUAAUUUGUAGCUUUGGGAGAGAAAUUUCAAGGAAUUAUUUGGCUGGCAUGAAUUUAAUAUCUGAACUUUGAGUGCCGUUUCCCUUUAAAACUAAAAAAGAUGCUGCAAUGUAUAGACUCUUUUAUCAAAGCAGAGAAAAAAGAUGAUAGUAGUGCUUUAUUGCUCUAAUAUAGACAUAUGAAUGAUAUGGAUUGUAUUUUCAUUACAUCAGCAGAGGGACUUUAUUUGAAGCUCAAAGAUGUCAUGACGGUUUGGUGGCUUAGCACUUUCACAGGGACUCCUUUGACUGUAUGUGGGAUUCAGUGCAUUUUUCAAAGCUAAAUUUUACUGUAUGUAGUCGAGUAGCUUGGAAAUAUAAAACCUCUGAAUAUAUAUGAACCUUUGAAGAUAUUACAUCUAGAAGAAAGAAAGUUAGAAGUAUUUAUGGGUUCCAAAGACACAUAUCCCUACGGAUCAGGGAUGAAUAUGAUUAUUAUAACUCCCUUUGGCAUUUAUUGAAUUAGAUCAGAGGGAAGUGCUUAAUAGGGAUCAAACUGAAAAAAAAAAAAAAAAACUGUCAGCCUUGACACAUUUCUAGUCAAAGCAAUUUCCAAAGCAUCCCCCUCAGCUACUCAUAUUAAUCUGCAAAAAUGCCAUAACUGAGUCUCACCCUGUGUUUUAUUGCUGUGCUAUCUUCACUAUAAAGGCCUGGAGGAAAUUCAAACAGCACAAGUUUCCAUUUCCUGUCGUGGUCAAUCAGAUGAUCUUUUUGGGCCUUUGUCUUGAAAGAGCUCAGUGAGCAGUGGACUGAACAGGGAGAUGAAUAUUAAGUAUAGCUAAAGAAAAAAAAGUCAGAGACCAUUUCUACUCUGUGAUGUUAUGCUCUUUGGCCUGGGCAAAAAUGUACGCUCCUCAGUAACCUUUGAUACUGUCUUGCUUAAACAUUUCUGUACUGUAAAUGGAUCACAUGUAACAUGCAGAUGGUACACUCAAUUAUAGUACAUCUGUACACAAAAAAAAACAUACUGUGUCCAUUUGGAAAUAUCUAUCUUUCCUCAGCUAGAAACAGUUCUGUUUGUUUUCUUCUCUAUGAACACUGAAACCCUUGACUGCCUGGAAAACCCGUUUGAUGUUUGUGGUCUUUGAAUGUGUAGACUUGGCAGACAUGCUUUCACUUUGGUGUUGCAAUCCUGUUACCAACUCUGUUUUGUAUUUGCUCGUGGGGAUAUGGUUCCUUGCUUCUGUGGCCUUGAAUUACAAUCAUUUCUUUAUAAUGGUUUUCUGUGGGCUCUGGAGCACGAGGUGGAGAUAAUGUAAAGAAAAUAAUAAAUUUAAUAAAUACAUAAGCAACCA